AUGCGUACAACUGUCAAAUAUGUUACCCUACGAAAUCACUCUGAAGAAGCAAUUAUUGUACCCAAUAUGGCACAUAUUAACUGCAAACGCACAUGUCGUACUAUUUGUAAGAAUAUUGACAGUAUUCCAUCGAGUAAGGUGAGUGCAUUGAAACCAAUUGGGAAAAUGCCAUUCAAUGGUGAAUUCAAUGAAGAGGUGAACCCAAUCAACGACACAUUUUAUUCACAUGAUCUUGGUGGCGGUUGGAUGUUUAAGGAGGAGAAGACGAAUUGCAACAAUGUUCCACAAUCCGGUGUAGCAAUCAUCAUUGUUUGUAGAGAUAGAUGGAAACAACUGAAUAAUACAUUGUCCGCUCUGAUUCCAGUUCUCCAGAGACAACAUUUGUGUUAUUAA